GCAACCUGGCCGGCCCAGUGCAGGGUCCAUGCCCAGUCUGGGGGCUGCCUGGGGGGACUCUGAUCCCACUGGUGUCCCUGUGAGGGGCAGGGCUGGGGGACAGUGAGUCACCUCUGUCCAGGUGGGGCCAGCAUCCACGGCAUCCAUCAGGGAGGGCACACUGUGCUGCUGGAGGGCACAGCUGAAAGAUGUGUCCCCAGCAAAGGUGAUGACCCUGGGUAUCCAUCUGCAGGAUCUAUGCUCCUCUGGAUGUGCUUGGAGGUGGCUGAGCUCUGGGGUUAAUUAGAACAUACGCUUCCCAAUUAAAGUCACAAAGAAAGAAGGUACUCGAUUCAAUCCAGCCCUUCCUCAGCUUAUCUGCCAAAUUCCCGUCUGUGGGAGCAGAUUUUAAUUGUGUUCACAGCAAUCUGGACCUGGCUGGAGCCCUCACCCCUGCACUGCUGGGGCUGUGGUGGCUGGGGCUGGUGCAGGCUCUGCUGGGACCCGCUGGCUUUGGCCAUUGCUCUUGCCUGCAGGAAUUCUGUGGGGCAAGAGCUGAUCCUGGCUGCAGCCAGGGAACGGGUGGGUGAGUGCUGGGAAAUGACACAACAGCCUCAGCACCACUUGGAGCACAGAGGAACAUUUUCACCCCCCUGCUCCUCCUAUAGCCUUCAGUCACCAGAGCUGUUCCCUUGGGGUUCCCUCCACUCCCCAGCACAGAAUCCACGUUCUGUUGUGCCAGGUUCUGGAUGAGCAGGAUGUGGGAACAGCACCGGAACCCCACCAGGACACCCUGCCUUGGCAAACCCCAGCGCUGGGUAUUUUCCUCUGUUCCCUGCUGAGAUGGAUUAAAGGAAAGCGAUAAGUGGAUGGGAUUUCCAUGCGUCCAGAGGGACAGGGAGAUAUUAGAGCUCUCUUCACCGAGACCCCGCACGACAUGACGGCGCAGGCCGGGGAGGAUGUGGAGAUGGCGUGCUCCUUCCGCGGCAGCGGCUCCCCCUCCUACUCCCUGGAGAUCCAGUGGUGGUACGUCCGCAACCACAAGGACUGGACGGACAAACAGACGUGGGCUUCCAGUCAGCUGCAAUCAUCACCACCAGAGGAGCCCGGGAAAGAGGCGACAAAAAUCAGCGUGGUGAAGGUGGUCGGCAGCAACAUCUCCCACAAGCUGCGGCUGUCGCGGGUGAAGCUGGAGGACGAGGGGACCUACGAGUGCCGGGUGAUCGACUCCAGCGACGGCAAGGCACGGCACCACAAGGUGAAGGCGUACCUGCGGGUGGAGGCGGCGGGGGGCCCGGGGCACCCCCAGGACACCGAGCUGCGGGAGGCGCCGCUGGCAGAGCUCGCAGCGCCGGGCUCAGCGCACGCACACCACCACCAGCACCAGCACAAAGCCGGGAGGGAGCUCAAGAAGCGCUCGGCAGACGCCUCCUGCGUGCUGUAGGUGGGCGCUGCGGGGGGACGCCGGAGCCCCCCUGCGCCCCGGACUCAGCGGGGCCAUCGAGGGUCCCGCAGCCCCUGCCAGAGACUGGCCCCAGCCCCCGGCUUGUCCAGCCCCCCUCGCCCCCUCCCUGUCCCCGGGGCCCGGCGGUGCCAGGGCUCGGCGCGGCGCGGGGCCGGACCCGCCGGUGCCACGGCUGCAUCCCGGGGCCGUGCCCGGGGCCAGGGCGUGUGCCCACGCGUGGUGUCCCCAUCCCCGGCCUCGUGCGGGCGGUGCCGCGGGCUGUGCUGUGCCCCAGCUCUGCGCCCCACGGGACCCUCCCUGCCCUCCCCCGUGCUUCGCAGACCCAGCCGCCUGUUCCUGUAGGUUGCCCCGUUUAGUUGCUCGGUUCCAGCCCCACAGUGCGUGUCUAAGUUCCAGCCUCCAUCCUACAGCCCGUGUGUAUCCCCCCGCCCUGCCCUGCCCUGCCCUGCCUGCCCCGCAGCCCCCAGCACGUCAAGGCCUGAGCUCAGCAGAGGAAGGACGGCGCGGCACAUUGCUGGCACCUCGGGCAUCGCUCAGCCAGGCAGCUGCCCGUGCUCCGUGUGUGCCCGGGAAGGCAGACACCUCCUGUGCCAUGGGCGCUGGCCCCUCGCACCCAUCACUCCUCUCCCCUCGCAUCUCACCCAGGAUGGGGCGCUCACCCUCCAGCCCCGUCCAGCCCAUCCCGCCGCCCGUGCUGCCGUGGCUCCCGGCCCCCUCCCGGUGCAGCAUCCCUCCCCUCCAGGCCACAGCAGCACGCUGCCCCGGCAGGGUCUGGCCCAGGGGCUCUUGUGCCGCAGUGCCAACAGCAGAGCCCGUCCCUGCUGUGCCCAGGGUGACCGCGGCCGCUGGGGCCGGAGCUGCGGGGAGAGAGAGGGGGGCCCGAGCCUCCCCCCGGGUGCUGCUCCCCUGCUGCCCCCCAGCCUGCCGCCAUCAGACCUGCUGCAGCUAAUAAAGCUCUUUAAAGGAA